AUGGAGAUGCAGUUGGUGACCCAGAUGACCAACGAGCUGAAGGACCACGGGAUCGACGUGAAGUGGCAAGCUCUCAUGCUGGCGAGCGGGCGCAGGAUCAAGAAUAUGCUGGCCACCACCACGGAGGUGCUGAACUGCCUGCAGGAGCGCUACGAUGCCAGGGACGCACGUGUGGCCGUGGUCUUCACCGAAUGCAAGUUUCAUUCUGCCAUCGUCUUCGGGCACGAGGACGACCAGCCAGACAGGGUCUACAUUUUGGGCUUGUCGGGCCGGUCCCGCGUGCUGGCCCGCGCCCCCCUCGCGGAGCUGCUCCGCCACGACUGGAGCGGGGUGGAGUUCUUGUGCCCGCCCGGAGACACCUGGUUGCCGUACAGCGAUAGCGGCGACAUCCCCGAGCUGCACCCGCUCUGGGAGAGCGAGGCCCCCGAGGCCUCGCUGGUCUACGACGAGUCCUCGGGCGCGUUCCUGGCGCCGGAGGCUGACCCAGCCACGAAGGAGAGGUCACGCUCCGCGUCUCCCUGGAGGCGGCAGGGCCUUACACCACCCUGA